AUGGAAAUACCUUUUGCAGAUGAAUCACAACCAGUUCUUACUAAAACCAUCGCUCCUCCAGCACAGGAGAAAAUCGCCGGCUGCUGUGCCAAAUUCACCCUUUCUGCAACUGGCAUUGACAGCCCCAUUCCCUCAAUCUCCGAAUUCCACUACGAUCCCUCGAAACCAGACGCAAAGAAUUUCAACGGCCAAAACGGAUACAAGGUUUAUCCGUACGCAACAGGCAGUGAAGAGUAUUUUGUCUUCGGAGAAGGAACAUCUGUUUCAAACGCUGCCUGUUUCUCAAAAAGAUUAAAAAAGACAGAAUGUUUGGAUGAUGAAAGUUUGACUUGGCAGUGCAAAUCAGGUGGACAGUGGAUGGAUGUAGUAACAGUGAGAUUUUCAUGCAAAAUGGAGACAACAACGACUCCUAAGCCGGUUAUAACAACAAUUAAAACAACUUCAACUACAACAACUACAACUCGUAAAACGACAACAAAACCAGCAACACCAAAAACGACGAAGAAAAUCGCCAUCUCGUACACGACACCAAAGAUUUGGUCAAAGUUUACUUCCUAA